CCCCUGGGCGGAGGCGGAAGCGGAAGUGGCGAAGGAAGUGCCUGUCUCCAAGAUGGCGGCCGCCUGGCCCUCAGGUCCGUGUGCUCCGGAAGCCGUGAUUAUCAGACUCCUCGGUGUCCUGUGGUUCGUCUCAGUCACCACAGAACCCUGGGGGGCUGUUGCAACCUCUGCCGGGGGCGAGGAGUCGCUUAAGUGCGAGGACCUCAAAGUGGGACAAUAUAUUUGUAAAGAUCCAAAAAUAAAUGAAGCUACGCAAGAACCAGUUAACUGUACAAACUACACAGCUCAUGUUUCGUGUUUUCCAGCACCCAACAUAACUUGUAAGGAUUCUAGUGGCAAUGAAACACAUUUUACUGGGAAUGAAGUUGGUUUUUUCAAGCCCAUAUCUUGCCGAAAUGUAAACGGCUAUUCAUACAAAGUGGCAGUUGCAUUGUCUCUUUUUCUUGGAUGGUUGGGAGCAGAUCGAUUUUACCUUGGAUACCCUGCCUUGGGGUCUCACUCUCUUGCCCAGGCUGCAGUGAAGUGGUAUGAUCAUGGCUCACUGCAACCUUGACCUCCUGGGCUCAAGAGAUGGGAUUUCUCUGUGUUACACAGGCUGGUCUCGAACUCCUGGACUCAAGCUGUCCUCCCACCUCAGCCUCCCAAAGUGCUGGGAUUACAGGAUGAGCCACAGUGCCUGUCCAAUUUAAAAUUUUUAAAUAUUUUAAAUACAGUUUAGUUUUUAUUAAGAAUCCAAGGUUAAGGAAUUUAGGCCUUUUUGUUUUAAAUGAUUGCUGCCUUAAAAAAAAAAUUCUUAACUACAUAAUACAAUGUUGACUGGAAUGAAAGUAGUUAUAGACAAAAUCUAAAAUCUCAUUUUUUGCUGGGUGCAGUGAUGUAUGCCCAUAGACUCAGCUGCUCAAGAGGCUGAGGUGGGGGGUCUGCGUGAGGCCAGGAGUUCGAGGCCAGCAGAGAUAACAUAGUAACAUAGUGAGAUCCCGUUAAGAAAAAAGAAAAAAAAAAUCCUGUUUUAAAACUAAUCUUAUUUAAUCUUUCUUUAUAGUUAUGAAAAGCAGUAGUCCUAUUUAUAUAUAGCUUUUCUUUCUUCAUAGUGCUAAUUAUAAAUCUGUUAGCCUCAGGGGUUUGUUUAUUUAUUCACUGUCUGUCUUCCUUUGGAAUGUACAUUUUUUUUUUUUUUUGAGGCGGAGUUUUGCUCUUGUUGCCCAGGCUGGAGCACAGUGGCGUGGCGUGAUCUUGGCUUACCACAACCUCUGCCUCCUGGGUUCAAGUGAUUCUCCUGCCUCAGCCUCCUGAGUAGCUGGGAUUACAGGCAUGCACCACCAUACCUGGCUAAUUUUAUAUUUUUAGUAGAUACAGGGUUUCUCCAUGUUGGACAGGUUGGUCUCAAACUCCCAGCCUCAGGUAAUCCACCUGCCUUGGGCUCCUAAAGUGUUAGGAUUACAGGUGUGAGCCACCUGCGCUUGGCCUGGAAUGCACAUUCUUAAAGGCAGAGGCCUUAUCUGUAUGCAAGUUGGUAUCCUGAACAGAACUUGACAGACAGUAAUACAGUGAUAAAUAUUUGUCAUAUAAAUAUCAGAAAAACUAGAAAUAAGCUAAAUGUUCAAUAGGGAGGAACUGUCUCAAAAAAUUAAGAGACAGUGUGUAACACAAUAGAAUACUAUGCAGCCAUUUAAAACGAUGAUAUAGAAGUAUGUUUAUUGGCAAAGUAAUGUAAUAAUACCCAUAACAGAGUAAGAUGAUAAAUUCAAGAAAAUCUAGAUGUUAUGCUACAGAACCCAUUCUUAAGGAUGCUUCACAAAAAUGAACAUGAGAAGUUUCUGCUGAGAUAAAAUAUUAGAUAAGGGAGUAAUAUCUGUAUUUGGAACUCUGGUAAAUACUACCUACUCCUGAAGUAAUACGUUUAAGGAAACUAAGAGAACAGAUCAGAGAUGAUAUUUAAAAGUUUAGGGAACUGACAAACUAAUUUAUAGUGACAGAAAGCAGAUAAGUGCUUGCUGGGGAAAGACGGGGCAAGGAGAGACAAUAAACAAAUUACAAAGGGGCAUGAGGAAACUUUUGGGGGUGACAGAAAUGGUCUUUUUUUAUUAUAGUGAUUGAUUCACAGGUUUUAUACAAGUGUCAAAUUUAUCAAAUUGUGCAUUUUAAAUAUGUACAAUGUAUGUCAUAUGUCAUUGUAUGUCGUUUUAAUGUAUGUCAUUUGUAGCACAAUAAAGCUGUUUUAAAAAAUCAA